AUGAAAAAUAUUGAUGAUGUAGAUUCUCGGAUUCAUUAAUAUAUGGAAAAAAGGAAAUCAUAGUAAUUUAGUUCUUUUGAUCAAUCUACAAUUCUAUUUUAAGAUAAAGCUGGUCUAUUGAAUGAAUUGGAAACUUUGAGAUAAAAAAAUGUCAGCUUAGAAUAAGAGUUAAAAGAAUUGCUUUCAUCAUAUGAUGAAAUUUAAAGAGAAGAAUAAAUUAAAAGAUUAGAGUAAGAAAAGGCUGAGAUAAUAUAAAUUGAAUUGGAAUAAUUAAAGUAAGACUUUAUUCAAAUUAUAGGUAAAUGCAUAUUAAAAUGAAAGAUGAAUAUUAGUAGCAAGUGGAUUUCCUUUAAAAAUAAUUGGAUUUGGCUGAAUAAGAGAAAAUAAAAUUGCUUAUGGAAAAUUAAAAAUUAAAAUCAAAUUAAUACAAUGAAUAAGAAACCUAAGAUUUAUACAAUUAAGUAUUUAAAGAUGGUUAGGAAAAUAUCAAAUUUAAUAAACAAAUUGAUAAAUUUCAGAAAGAAAUAUUAAAGUUGAAAAAUAUAGUUGAAACAAAAAUUGUUAAAAAGUAAUAAGGAAAACAAAAGUAGACAACUAAACAAAAUGAAAGAAAAAUAAAAAAUUGA